AUGGCCACCAACGCCAGUACGCCCACGACGAAUGACAUCCCAAUCCAACUCCCAUCACUCAGCGACUCGUUCGGCGCACUCUUCAUUGGCAUGUGUAUCUGCAUAUUCCUGUCCGGUUUGACUCUGCACCAAGCCUAUCGCUACUUUCGACUCUAUCCGCAAGACCAAAAGUGGCUGAAGGUCAUGGUCUUGUUUAUCUGGGUUUCGGAGACAUUGCACACGAUCAUGAUCAUCCAUGUGUGUUACUAUCAUCUGGUUACCAACUACUUCAAUCCGGUCUCCCUCGGGGAUGUCACCUGGUCACUGAGACUCUUAGCCCCCAUUUCUGUGGUUGCGAUGGUCCUCUGUCAAGGCUUCUACGUUCGCCGUGUGUACAUGAUCAGUCCUCGUUACAGGUUGCUGGUCGCCAUCGCGGUCGUAUUACUCACAACCGAGUUUGUCUCUGAAAACCGGCAACUAGCUUUCAUGAUCUACUUGACGGUGUUGGCCUUCAUCGAUCACGAUCUGCAAGAAUUCAACCAACUCACGGAAAGUUGGUGGCUUGUGUCCGCCAUAUACGGGCUCGCAUUUUCCGUAGACUCACUAGUCACGGGCGUCCUCAUCAUGGUGCUGCUGAAGAGUAGGACGGGCUUCAAGAGCACGGACUCUCUGAUACAGACCCUCAUCGUGUAUUCGAUCAACUCCGGCCUCGUCACAAGCAUCAGCGGCAUUCUGAGCUUCAUCUUCGCUCUCGUCAUUUCCGGAAAUAUGAUCUACAUCGCUAUGGGCGUUGUGGCCACGAAAUUCUACGCCACUUCGGUCCUCGCAGUAUUGAACGCCCGACGUUCCCUGUCCGAGAGCACGAUGGACGGCUUUACGACGAACACCGCCCACUUCGGCGGUAAUCUGCAGCCUGCUAUGAGUAGUGCGGCGUUCGCGUCCACCCACAGCACGCACCCGGUCACCUUCUCCCUCUCUCCGAUCUCGGAGGGCAUGGACACUGCGCAGUUGGACACUGGGUCUAACUCAACCAUGGCAGAACUGACGGGAGCAGAAAAGGUCUAG